CACAAAUCAACCACGCCCACCCAAUCAAUUAUUGUCUCUCUCUUGGCCCUCACAACAAAGUGGCCCUCACAAGAACAGUUCUAAAUAUCUAUCUAUCCCACAAGACCAAGACAGGCAAAGCCUGGCUGUUAACUCUUGCCUCUAAAGAUUGCCAGUCUCCAGAAGAUGUCAACAGACGAGGUGAAUGGGUCGGGGGCGGUUGAAGGGGGAAUCCCCGUCGAUGACCUCAAUGAGUCUGACGAGGGUCUGCUCGACAGUGACCAAGAGGAGGUCAAAGGUCAGGAAAAAGAAGAGGAGUUUCGUUAUCCUGACGAGGGUGAACUAGACUAUGACGAGCUCAUGGAGAAUGAGGGUCCGGAGGAGGAGGUCAAAGUUCCUCUAGCGGAGGAUAUAGAAGAAGGAGAAGUGACCUCGGACGAGGAGGGGGAGAUUAAAGAGUCUGAUGAUGGUGGCAAUGAAGCCACACCCACUGCUCCGCCCACUACCACAGACACGCAUUCAGUACCAGAGUCCAAUCAGGACACAAACACCACCACCACCACAGGUAAAGGUCUGGACAAGGGUUCUCCAGUGAUGGCCCCCUCUCAGUCCCCCCGGGGGAGAGACUCUAGUUCUGACGAGGGAAGUGGGCGUGGCAAGGGGAGGGAGAGGCACCGUAGCGGAGGAGAGGGCUCAGAGAAAGUACCGACAUUGUGUAGACACUUUCUGGGAGGCAAGUGUAACUGGGGUGGCAAUUGUCGCUUCCUUCACGAGAAUCCAGCAGCUCUGAACGAUAGGCCAGACAGACUGGGGGGUAUGGAGGAUUUCCGUGGGGGACCCCCUGAUGGGCCGUGGGGAAUUCCCAGGGGAUUUCCCCCUCCACACUUCAUGCCAGGGCCGAGACCAAUGGGUCAUCCUCGAGACCUUCCCCCACACAUGGACCCGAGGGGUCAUAUGCCCCACCCCCCUCACGGCCGAGGGGGCUUUGGGAUGCAUCACCCCAUGCACGUACCCUUUGGACCCAUGCACUCUCGUGAUAUGGGCCGACCUUUUGACCCCAUGAACCGUGGAGGUAUGGAGAGAGGACGACCACCAUACCCACCAUUCCCUGGCAGGGACGGGGGCAGAAAGAAUGAGAAGAUGGCUGAGGUGACGGAGGAAACUGAUGGUUGGAUGAGAUUGAGGACAGUGACUCGUGAUUGGAGCAGUGACGAGGAGGGUGGUGGGAGACCAGAGGGGGACCUCCGAGACAGGAUCAGGGUGCGGCGUGGCAGAGAGGGUGACUCAGACAGUGAGCGUGAGAGGAGACAGCGAUCUCAGAGAGGGGGGGCAGAUGAUUGGACUGACCCCUGGGCUAGGGACGUCAAGAAGGGAAAGAAAAAACGAAGAAAGGCGAGCACGAGUGGACACAGCUCAGACAGUGAUGAGGGGGAGGCUAGUCCCAGGAAGAGGUCUAAAGUGAGCAGCAGCAGACAAAAGAAGGAGGCAGAGGUCUCAGACUCUGACAGUGGAAACAAGAGCAGUAGAAAAAAGAAGAAGAAAGUUAAGAAGACCAAAAAACAGUCAGACUCUUCUGAAAGCAUCUCUGAGAGUGAGGUAGAAAAGAAAAAGAAAAAGGAUGGAAGUAAAAAGAAAAAGAAGAAGUACAAGGAAGGAGACAGCUCAGACGAGGAAACAAAGAGAAAGAGAAAGAAGAUCAAACACUCUCAUCACCUGAGUUCCUUAUCUCCACCUCCCCCUGUUCCGAGGGGGUAUGGAAUGAGGAAUGAUUUCUACCCCCCACCACACUACCCUCCACACAUGCCCCCCCAUCCGUACGACCUCCCACCUGUGAUACGCCCACCACACGUCUCCCCUAAGAAGGACCAGUUUGGACGGGACAUCAGCAAACGAAUGGAGUACGAGGAUUCACGUAGACACAGACGUGGUGGAGACCGCCAUCCUCAUCAUGAUGACCAUGUCCCCAUUCACCGUCAGCCCUGGGACCCUCGGAGAUGGCCACACCCCUUUAACGAGGGACGAAGGAGCUCAGAAGAUGCUAGUGGCAGUCCCACACCUCCGGCCAAUCCAGAGAGUGGGUCCAGUGAGGAGGAGAAGAGCAGACGAAAGAAAAGCAAGAAGAGCAAGUCAAGUGUUGGUGAGAAACCACCACUCUCACACAAAGAGAAGCUAAUAAAGGAAUUGGAGGCUAUAAAUAAAGUCAUUGAGAAGAAGAAAUCAAAGAAACGCUCACACUAGUUUAGGGUAUUACAAUUUUCUCUGGUGUAUAAAUUCUCAAUUUCAGACAUAUCUCAUGUCUCUAUACAUGUACAAUAAUGUAAUUUAUUGUUAAUUAUAAAUUUUUUGCACUGCUGCUUUAUCGAUUUGGUAAAGAUCA